AUGCCCGGAAAGGGGUCUCGUGGACGUGCCACACGCGAGGUCAACAGGUCGUCAUUCGCCCCAAGCCAGCGACGCCCUGUCCACAUCGACGCCCUGUCCACAUUGACACUCGACGCCGCGCGCUGGAAGCCCACACUCACGCCGGUAACCGUCCCUGCUGCCAACACCGACGUCAGGCCUACCUUGGCCGCAAAUGGGUCCCCGCUCAUCGUCAACUGGGACCCCCUCCUGAGCUCUACCUCCCCCUUCGUCGACGCAGCCAGCGAAACCCACAUCAGCGUCGAACCCACACUAGCGCCGAAACACACACUAGCAUCGACGCUGGCUCCGGUACUGCAACCCGAACGUGUCGCUAACAAAUCGACGCCGCACAAGGGUCCGCUCCCACAGGGCGCAUCGGAUACCCUCAAACUCUACUUCGACAAAGUUUCCCAGACCCCAGACCUCUCCGCGCGUGAGAUGCUCGCAAGACGCGUGAAGGUCAUCCCCGGUAUAGCGCACUACACCGCGUAG